AUGAGGACAAAUAUAUUAGGUUUGCUGAGACUGAAGCAGGAAACCAGCAUCUUUGUUCUCUGUCAAUGCACCUGUAACAGAAGCAGACCACCACAGAGAAUUGUCUCUCCUAAACAAGAACAUGAGGAAAGGAAGCACGACAAAAUCACAGACAAAGGAAGUGAAAGCGGGACUUCGUGUAAUGAGUUGUCCACUUCUAGUUGUGACAGCCAUUCAGAGGCUAGCACUCCUCAAGAAAAUGCUGCCAGCAACCAACAGGCUACAGGACACCAACCAAAUACUCUAACUUUGGAUCGCCCAUCAAAGAAGGCCCCUGUGCAGUGGAUGCCACCACCAGACAAACGCAGGAACAGUGAGCUCUUUCAAACUCUCAUUAGCAAAUCCAGAGAAACAAAUCUUUCUAAAAAGAAGGUGUGUGAGAAGCUGAGUGUUGAAGAAGAAAUGAGAAAAUGUAUUCAAGAUUUUAAAAAAAUCCACAUUCCAGAUUACUUUCCAGAGCGCAAACGUCCAUGGCAGUCUGAACUCUUACAAAAAUAUGGGUUAUAG